AUGGGGCUGUUGUGCUACGCGGACGACACUCUACUCACGGCGACGGGGCGAAAUUUCCAAGAGGUGGCCAUCCUGGCCGAACUUGGAACGUCGCUCACGAUGGACUGGAUAGAAAUGUUGGGCUUGAAGUUUCACAGAUUAUACAGAAAUAUAUCAACAUCCAAUUACUUUUGGAGUGAAGAGUUAAAUGUUCAUCGAGAUACUAAAGAUAAUAAUGCCAAAACACCGUUUGAAUUCUCCGAUGCGAAUUUAAAGAGACUGACAGCUAUCAUUCAGAAUUAUCCCGAGGGAUUUCAACGAUCUGCAACGAGCGCUGCUAUGGACAUCGUACAAAGGCAGAUGGGAUGGGUCCCAAUAUCUGCUAUGCACAAAGUGGCGGAAGUACUCAAUAUACCCAGGAUGAGGAUCUACGAAUGGGCUACAUUCUAUACAAUGAUUAAGAGACGAUACAGGGGAAAGUUUAAUGUAAAAGUUUGCGUCACAACACCUUGUAUGCUUCGUGGAGCGGACACUAUUCUUCAGGUGGUAGAAGAGACCACACUGUGCUGUGCUGGCGGCGUGUCUGCUGACGGUCUGUUUGGAGUGGAUAUUGUGCAGUGUCAAGGGGCCUGUGUUAAUGCCCCAGUUAUAGUUGUGGAUGACGAUUAUUAUGAGGACGUCAGUGAAUACGAUGUACAUAAUAUUAUACAAACGUUGAAAUGUGGAAGAAUUCCACCGUGGGGCCCUCAAUCGGGCAGGUUCGCCUCUGAACCAAUAAGUGGCAAGACAACUUUAAUAGAAAAUCCACCCCCGCCUGGGUUUGGUAUACAAGCAGCGUUAUUUCGUCCAGUUUGA